GGUCUUUACAUCAUCUCAGAUGACAUUUCACGUCGCUCCUUGUUCAAUAACACUGCAGUAAUGAAGUAAAAGUAGAGAAUUUAAUUCGGAGAAGCCCCUCUUGGUUGGCAGGCGGUUGGUAGAGGGAGAAUGUCACAGCUUUUUAGGCUUCUCUUGACGGGUGCUCGGCCUCUGUGCUGCCGGACUGCGCUCACGGCUCGACUGGAAGCUGCGGCAGGACGCCGCUUCAUUGGUGGAUACACACGCUUCCCCGUGCAACGCGCCUGUCCGACUCCAGCCGACUCUCUGUCCAUGCACAGCUUGCGGUUGGCUCAGCGACGUGUUUAUUCCAGUGAGCCCAAAGAUGGUAAAGGAGAAAGCGGAGGCGGACGGGCAGGAGGUGGAAAGGGGGGAGGGAAAAAAGACUGGUGGAGCCGAAUGCAGAAGGGUGAAUUCCCGUGGGAUGAGAAGGACUUCCGCUACCUGGCUAUCACUGUGGCUGGCGCCUCGUCAACUUUACUCUAUUUAUACUUCCGCGACAACGGCCGUGAGAUCAGCUGGAAGGACUUUGUGCAGCGCUACCUGGGCCGUGGCAUUGUUGAUCGUCUAGAGGUGGUCAAUAAGCAGUAUGUGCGUGUCAUCCUGGUGCCUGGCGCUGAUGCCGAAGCGAACUACGUGUGGUUCAACAUCGGAAGCGUCGACACAUUUGAGCGAAAUCUGGAGACUGCUCACUCUGAACUCGGCAUGGAUACAUCACAUCGGCCCGCUGUGGUCUACAGCUCCGAGAGCGACGGGUCGUUCUUGAUGAGCAUGAUCCCCACGCUGCUGCUCAUCGGUUUUCUGCUCUUUACACUGCGCCGUGGACCCAUGGGGGGCCCUGGCGGCGGCAGGGGCGGGCCGUUCAGCAUGAGUGAGUCCACCGCCAAGAUGUUGAAGGACAACAUUGAGGUGAAGUUCAAGGACGUGGCGGGCUGUGAGGAAGCCAAGCUGGAAAUAUUGGAGUUUGUCAACUUCCUCAAAAACCCACAGCAGUACCAGGACCUCGGAGCCAAGAUCCCCAAGGGUGCUGUGUUGUCUGGACCACCCGGUACCGGUAAGACUCUUCUGGCCAAAGCCACAGCCGGCGAGGCCAAUGUUCCUUUCAUCACCGUCAAUGGAUCGGAAUUCCUGGAGAUGUUCGUGGGCGUCGGACCUGCUAGGGUGAGGGACAUGUUUGCCAUGGCAAGGAAGAACGCGCCGUGCAUCCUCUUCAUCGAUGAGAUUGAUGCCGUGGGUCGCAAGCGUGGCGGCGGAAACUUUGGCGGCCAGAGCGAGCAGGAGAACACUCUCAACCAGCUGCUCGUCGAAAUGGACGGCUUCAACACGGCCACCAAUGUGGUGGUUCUGGCCGGCACUAACAGACCUGACAUUCUGGACCCCGCCCUCAUGAGGCCCGGACGUUUCGACAGGCAGAUCUACAUCGGGCCUCCAGACAUCAAAGGGCGUGCAUCCAUCUUUAAAGUGCACCUCCGACCAAUCAAGUUAGACCCCAACAUCGACAAGGACACACUCGCCAGGAAGAUGGCCGCCGCCACGCCGGGAUUCACCGGGGCCGACAUCGCUAAUGUUUGCAACGAGGCGGCGCUCAUCGCCGCCAGACACCUCGAAGGGCACGUGCAUCACAAACACUUUGAGCAGGCCAUCGAUAGGGUCAUCGGAGGCCUGGAGAAGAAGACGCAAGUUCUGCAGCCUACGGAGAAGAAGACUGUGGCGUACCACGAGGCGGGCCAUGCUGUGACGGGCUGGUUUUUGCGGCACGCCGAUCCGCUGCUCAAGGUGUCCAUCAUUCCGCGCGGGAAAGGCCUGGGCUACGCGCAGUACCUCCCACGUGAACAGUUCCUGUACAGCCGCGAACAACUCUUUGACAGGAUGUGCAUGAUGUUGGGAGGACGCGUGGCCGAGAGCAUCUUCUUCGGAUGCGUCACCACCGGCGCGCAGGAUGACCUCAAGAAGGUCACGCAGUCGGCGUAUGCGCAGGUUGUACAGUUCGGGAUGAGCGAGAAGUUGGGCCAGGUGUCGUUCGAGCUGCCGCGACAAGGCGAGAUGCUCGUGGAGAAGCCAUACAGCGAAGCCACGGCUGAGCUGAUAGACGAAGAGGUGCGAGUGCUGGUGGACCGCGCAUACGCGCACACGUUUGAGCUGCUUCGUGACAAGAAGGACUUGGUGGAGCUGGUUGGCAAGCGUCUGCUGGAGAAAGAAGUUCUGGACAAGGCGGACAUGUUAGAGCUGCUGGGGCCACGGCCUUUCGAGGAGAAGUCUACAUAUGAGGAGUUUGUGGAGGGCACGGGAAGCUUUGAGGAGGACACCAGUUUGCCUGAAGGCUUGCGGGACUGGAACCGGGAGCGGCCUGCUGAAGAGGUGGCCGACACCGCCGCUCAGGACAAACAGCAAGCCAGCUAGGCUGAGGGAGACUGAUCAACACUGCCUAUCAAUAUUUUGAAACAUCAUUUAUUUAGACAGUUUUUUCAAUUUUUGUUUUUAUUUAUUCACUGAGAGCGCAUGACAACAUUGGAGAGAGAUGUCCCCCAGCCUCAGAUGCUCUCUGAUGGGAAGUGACCUCAGCUUUUAAGAGGACACAAAAGCAAGAUGAAGAUUCGAAAUGUUAAAGCAGCCUACCAAACCACAUUUGAAAUGUGUUCUCUGGUGUAGUACAGUUAUGAGGCAUGGUUACCUCAAAAUGAUCAAGACUUUUCAACCAGUGCAUCUCAAACUUUUGACAAAUAGGACCCCAAAAAUUAAUCCACACUGAAAGCACCACCAAUAAUAUUAAUAUUUAAAUACAAAAACAAGUCCGGUUGUAUUCCAAAAGUUAUAAUACUCUAAUUUACAGUAUAACAUGCUCUUGUGUGUGUACUUGGGUGGGAUCAGAUUGCUUAUUUCUGUUGAGGCUGCAAAUCUGUUAUAUCAUUUGGUUUUGAUAUAAAAUGGCACGUCACCUAAAUAUGCCAUUUUUCGGGGGCUGAUACACUGACUGAGCAAUGUCACAAUUUAACAGAAUUGAGGAAUUGUAUUGACAUCAGACUUGAAGAGUGAGCAGUCAAUUGUUUUUUAGGUAUUUUUUUAAAUUUAGAUUUGUUUUGCUUUGAGUCGCCCUGUUUUCAAACAACUGUGACUUGGUGCCACUAGCCAUCGCCUACUUUGAUGUUACAUGAACUUUGACAGUUAAAACUUUUAAAAUUAUUUUUAGAAUGGCACAAUAAACUUGAUGUACAAGUAAAGGAAAUGUUUGUUCAUUUAAAGUUUGGCAAAAAUACUACUUUUGUUUUUAUCAAAGAAAAUGAGAACACUAGCUUGUGGCCUCACUAGAAUCUGGGAUGUUGCGUUCCUGUGUGGAGUUUGCAUUUACUCUCCGUGCCUGUGUGGGUUUGCAUCAGCUACUUCAGUUACAUCCCAAAUGCCUAAAACAGAAUGACUUGAGUAGAAAGUGCAGUAUUUUUCUUCAAGAUCACAUUUUUUUGGCAAAUUUUCUUUUCCGCCUAUUCUGUUAGGAUUAUGGCUUUUGUCAAGUUUUCCUUAGAAUUUAUUUUCUGAAAAAAAUAAAAACACCUUACGAAGCAAUAUUUUAUUAUUAAUCUAUUAACCCCCCGACCCUGAAUUUCCUAGAAUGUUUUUAGUUUCUUAAUAAGAAAAAGAACAUUCUCAUAUUGAAUGCUGUUUUUUUUCGUAGGUCUUUAUGUCUAAAAGUACAGUGGUAUUAAAAGGUUUGGCCACCCCUGACAAUUUCUAUUACUGUCAUUCAAUAAACGUAGUUUCACUUCUGAAAUAUGCCCAGCAGCCUAUCAGUUUUUUGAUAUAUUAAAAUGAAAUUGCUGAUCAAAACACCCAAUGAAAAAUGAAAAUAAUGGUGGCCAAACUUUUUCACACCACUGUAAGUUUAAAAUGUUCUCAAAUUAUUGAAAACAAAAAGCUCCCAUAAAAUUUUGGUUGUUGCCAUAUGGGGUGUCAGUCAUAAAAGACAAAUACUUGCCUAAAAAUAUUUUUUUUGCCAAAAAAAA